CUUGUAGGGAUUGCUCGUUUUAUGUGUUGCGAAAAUGGUGGCGGCCUUUUCUUUGACUGCAAAUACGAAACUUUACUCUCUUUGCCCUGCAGUUUAUUUUCUCUGUUUCAACAAAACCCUAGAGUUUCAGCCAUUAAAGGCUUUAGAGGAAACAGUAGGUAACUUCUCCAGCUAUAGAACCUUCUCCAUAGGAUCAAACAUGGCCAAUAAUGGCGAUAACCGGAGAGGAACUGGUUCUUCGAAAGAAGGGCAGGCCAUGGAUGAUGCGGUUUCUUUUAAGCUCUCUGAGACUUGCUGGCUCAAGGUUCAGCUUGGAGAUAUCACAAAGUGGUUUGUGGAUGGUGAAUCUGAUGCUAUUGUCAAUGCCGCCAACGAACAAAUGCUUGGAGGUGGUGGUGUAGAUGGAGCCAUACAUAGGGCUGCUGGCCCUGAAUUGAAGCAAGCUUGCUUGAAAGUUCCAGAAGUUCAACCUGGUGUUCGGUGCCCAACAGGACAAGCAAGAAUUACAGAAGCUUUUAAGUUGCCUGUGUCUCGUGUAAUUCACACUGUUGGACCAAUCUAUGACAGAGAUUAUCAUCCUCAAGCUUCUCUAAGAAGUGCAUACAGGAACUCUUUGAGGGUUGCUAAUGACAACCACAUUAAAUAUAUUGCAUUUCCUGCCAUAUCAUGUGGUGUGUACCGAUUUCCCAUUGACCAAGCUUCUGAAAUAGCAAUAUCCACAGUUAAAGAGUUUCACGGUGACCUAAAAGAGGUAACACCAAUGGCAAUAGAAAAUAGAAGCUAACUGGGAGAAAGAGUUCAACGAGGAAAUUACAUAAAGACAAAAAUAUGAAGGAGGUUCUUCAACAAAUUAGGGAGAGCAAUCAACAACUAGGAGGGAGCUUGAAAGAGGCUCAACAACUUCUACAAUUAUUCAUUACUCGUACUUCAAAACUGAAAGUUCAUCCUGCCACAAGGUCCCUUUAAUAAAAUCUUUCAGGCUUUCUUUUUAUCAAGAUAAAAAACACGACUUGUUUGGCAACUUAAUCUGGUCCCCACUCGUGGGGAAAGAAGCCUAACCAUACCCACCCCUAAAAUCCAAUCCUUGAGUUCUGAAAUGGUUGCUCCCAAUGCUUGAACAUAAACAUCCAAAAGCAUGAACACAAUGCCCAAAACAUGCAUUUAUUCUGCCAAAGUAAGCAUGUAUCCAAUGUCAGAAUUUAUAGAAAUAACAAAGUUACAGGAGUUGUGUGAUCAUUCUCCACAG